AUGUCAAGUCGGGAGGUUACAAAGGGUUAUUUAUUUUUUAGUCAGGGAUAUGUUCACGAAACAGUAAUCUAUAAAAACAACGAUUCCGACGUCGUGGAAAUUAAAGCGAAAUGCUACCGAUCGAUGCGCAAGUCACAGCCCCCUCAUAAAAUUAACUUAAUCAUCUCCCCAACCCAACAAGACAACGUCAUAUUUUUUUUUUCUACUACAACUAGGCUUUCUGUGACAUGUUGCCACACAAUUGGUGUCGUUUACACUGUGUCCCAUUUCCAACAACUUGGACUGAAGGAAGUGCCAGCCUUUCUAUCUGCGACAAGUUUGCCACAACAAUGGCACAAACCUAGAGGGAAAAUCAUCAGUCCCAGACCUGUAUCAUCAAUGGUCUUUGCUAAAACUAAGGACAAGCCCAGGAAAAGAUAGCCGAAUCUUGCCA